CGCUGCAAUUACUGCACUGCACUGAACUGUAGAGGGCCGAAACAUCAUUGCUCUUAGAGCAAUAUAGCCUUGUUGAGCUUUUAGCGACAUUUGKUARUAAUUGUAAACAUGARGCCUUGUAUCAUAMAAUUGUACUUGUGCUUUUGSGUUCAACUUUUUCUACAUUCGAGCUGUUUCGGUGAAGAUGAUUCUUUAGUUGUCAAGACUCCUCUUGGAUCUGUUCGAGGUCAACUACAAGCAGUUACCGGUGGUUAUUCAGUUCGACAAUUCCUUGGCAUUCCUUAUGCUCAGCCUCCAGUUGGUGCCUUGCGGUUUGCUAGACCAAAGCCAGCUCAGCCAUGGAAUGGAGUAAGAGAUGCAGUGAAGUUUGGUCCUAUUUGCCCUCAAACAAAUUUGAAGGACGUUUUUAAAGAAGAGAAGGGGGACUCGAGAAAUGAUACGGGAGGUGUAGACGAAGUUCCUCAGGGUGAAGACUGUUUGAGCGUCAAUGUCUACACUCCAUCAAGUGCUACUGAUAAUGACRAGCUAUCUGUCAUGGUGUGGAUUCAUGGCGGCGGAUUCGCUUUUGGCGCCGGGCGAACCUACAAUCCAUCUUUACUUGUUGCUUUACAUAAYAUUGUAUUAGUAACGAUCAACUAUAGGCUGGGUGUGCUGGGGUUCUUUAACAUUCCCGGUACAGAUAUCAAGGGGAAUUUUGGAAUGCACGACCAGGUCGAGGCCCUUAAGUGGGUUCAGAAGAACAUUGCAUCAUUUGGUGGCAAUCCUGAUCAAGUGACCAUAUUUGGAGAAAGUGCUGGUGGGAUGAGUGUUUCUAGUCACCUCAUCUCCCCCCUUAGUAAAGGAUUGUUUCACCGUGCAAUAGCACAGAGUGGAUCUGCUGUAGGUCCAUUUUCAUGUGUAAAGGUGACUAAUACCGAUGCACUGGAGGUUUUUAGCAAGGCACUAAAGUGUGAUGGCAAAGACCAUGAAAACCAAAUGGAGUGCUUUAGAGAAAAAAGCGUGGAAGAUAUUCUGGCUGCUCAAUUCAAUGUCACGUUUCCAAUGUUAACUAAAGACCCGUUUCUGUCAAUUGUCACUAUUGAUGGUGAGUUUCUCCCCGAUGACCCAAAAUCCCUCUUGAAGGAAGGCAAAAUAAACAAAGCUGAUAUUAUCAAUGGCGUGACUGCCGAUGAAGGUGGAUACGGGGUAUUUGCAAUGGCGAAUAAAGAGUUCACUGCCGAGGUUUUCAAAACUGCUGUCAAGACUGACCUUUCGGUGAAUGGAGAGUACACACAACUCGUUGAAGACGCAGUUGUUUUUGAGUACCUUCCCCACGAUGACUUAAACAAUACAGAUAAGAUUCGACAGGCAGCGAUAGAUGAAGGCACAGACCACGUGUUCCUUGUACCUGCGGUCGUAGAAGCGAGAUUAUUGUCCAAAGCUGGUAACCGUGUUUACAUGUAUGUCUUCGAUCACUGUCCACAUCAACCAAGAUAUCCGAAAUGGUUUGGCGCCCAUCAUGGUAUUGACCUACCUUUUGUCUUUGGUAGACCAUUAUAUGGAGAUUCCCUAGAACCUGGUAUGGAUGUUUAUUUUCCUGGCAAUUACUCAGCUCUAGAGCAAGGACUUUCGAAAUAUAUCAUGGAGAUGUGGGCAAAUUUUGCUAAAUAUGGAGAUCCGAACGGUGUUGGUGCUAUGCCAGUUAAGUGGCCAGCGUACAAUAACACUGGCCGUGCGCACUUAAGCAUCUCAACAGACCCUAAAGUGAAACACAGUUUACGAGAAAGGAAGGUUGCAUUUUGGAGCGAGUUUAUCCCCAAGCUUACUAGAAAGAAAAACGAGACUCCUCUAAAUGAAGGAAAGCACCAACAACAACACAAAGAGGAACUCUGACUGAAUGAAAAUCGAGACUCCGCUAAGCGAUGAAAGAAUAAGUAAACCCACAAAGAGGAAUUCUACUGAUGCCUCCAUUAGUCAAACUUAUAUAUCACAGUAACUAGAAAGAUACAAUAGCAAAAUUAAAAAGAUGAAGAGUUAUAUUCC